AACACUUAUUUUGCAACUGUUGGAAGUUUUCUUCGCGCUGAUUGGGUUAUGUUUUUAGAGAAAUGGUCCUAUCUCAACAGAGAAUCAUAAAACGAUUGCAAAACUAUUUUGUUCUUUUGAACGCAGCCGUUGUAAAAUCAACAAGAAACUCUACUGAUAUAAUAUGGUUCGGCAUGUAGAGGUCAAAACGACAGACAGCGAAGGCAACGAAUGUGGCAGCAAAAAACUACCAAUAUAUUUCGAGAAACGACAGCAGGUACCACAGAAGCAAUGAAUACGACAGCAGAUAAAACGAUAGCGAGUACUACAGAGGUGAUGAACGCGAAAACAAAAACCUCUGUUAAUAUGAAUAUGUUUCAAUUUGGAGACACUAAAAUGACAGCGGAUGCUGCUGAAGCGACGAAUGCAGCAGCAAAAAGCUCUACGAAUAUGAAUGUGAUUCGAUUUGAAGACACCAAAACAGGUGCAGCAGGUGCCAUAGAAGCAACGAACACGACAGCAGAGGCCAAAGCGGUAGCGAAUGCCACAAAGGAGACGAAUGCGGCAAUAAAAAAUUUUGUUGGUGAUAUUUCAAAAGGUUAUAUAGGAACAUUUCAAUUUGGAAAGGCCAAAACUGUAGCGAGUGCGGCAGAGACGACGAACGCGACAAGAAACUUUACCGAUAUCAAUCGAUUUGAAGGGACCAAAAUGGCAGCGGGUGUCACAGAGGAGAUAAAUCCAACAAAAUAUUUUGUUGAUGUACAUAUGAUACGGAGAGAGACUGAAUUGUAUCGAAGAGAAAAAGAACUUGCUGAGCGAGAGUUAAUGUUAGCUCGAAAAGAAAUUGAGAUGCUUCGACAAGCUUUGAUUGAUGCUAGUCGCCCACAAAAAAUAUGUUGCUGUUUUGAAAAGAUGUCAUUGCAAAAUGAAGAGUGUGAAUCUGUCUUAGUGUCCAGACAAGAUAGGCGCAGUUGUAAGCAGCAGCGACUGCAGCAUAAAGACCAAAGGCAUUAACUCUGACAACAUUGUUCAAAUUGUGAUCAGCUUGAUCAUCGGGAACUACUGUCUGACAAAAUACAAUGAUGUUAAAAUAUUUUAAGUUUUAAGUUUUAACGAAGGAAAGUAUGUUGCCUCAGAAUAUCUUAGAAGAAAAACGAAAAGGAAAUAGAAAUAUGAGAACAGCCAUCCCAGCUUUUUUCGUAGGUCCAUCAAAACCAUCAAAACCUGUUAUGACCGCAAUCAAUAUUUAUUUCAGUAACUGUUCUCUACUUGUUUCUCUGAAAGAGUUCGAAAUAUGUUUUAUGCAUCCUUGAUAUGUAUUACAUAUUGGAUAUUUUAUAUUGAGUUUCUCUUUCUACAAAUUUACGAAGCCUUAUUUUACAGAUUUCAUUUAAUUUCUUGCAUAUUUU